AUGCAGGUCGCCGCGCGCGCCGGCUGCAGGAGCGCGGCGCGCGGGGAAGGGGAGGGGAGCGACGGCCGCGUCCGUCGCCGCCACAGCCGCCGCAAGUACGCCGCGCCGUCCACCUCUUCCUCCUCCGCGCUCAAGGUGCGCAAGGACCGCAAGCCCCGCCACAAGCACCGCCGCAAGGACGUGGCACCGUCCACCUCCUCCUCCUCCGCGCUCAAGGUGCGCAAGGACCGCAAGCCCCGCCGCCGGGAGAGGCGGAGGUCCCGUUCAGACGACGACGACUACAAGCGAGCCUCCCCCUCCUUACCCCCUCUCCAAUUUUCUAUUCUCAUCGAAGGAGGAAAACUCACCUUGAAGGUCAUAGACUUUGGUUUGUCUGACUUUGUAAAGCCAGGUCACCCAUGGAUCCGAGAUGCACAACAAGUGAAGAUUCCUUUAGAUAUGAUAAUAUACAAGCUUAUGAGAGCUUAUAUAAGUUCAUCAACAUUGCGGAAGUCUGCUUUGAGGCAACAACCUGAGCUUCGGCAACAUAUCAUGGAGCAACACUGCAUUGCCGUGGAAUUGCAGGGCCGCGGCGCAGCGGAGGCUUCUGAACAGGAAUAUGAAAAAGAAAAGCUAAAUGAGAGGAUAGCAAAACUAUCUGGUGGUGUUGCUGUCAUUCAGGUAGGAGCACAGACUGAAACUGAGCUCAAGGAAAAGAAACUGAGGGUUGAAGACGCACUUAAUGCAACAAAGGCCGCUGUGGAGGAAGGUAUUGUUGUCGGUGGUGGUUGUACCCUUCUAAGGCUUGCAUCAAAAGUUGAUGCCAUUAAAGAAACCCUUGAGAAUGAUGAGCAGAAGGUUGGCGCUGAAAUUGUAAGGAAAUCCUUGAGUUAUCCACUUAAACUGAUUGCGAAAAACGCUGGUGUCAAUGGCAGCGUGGUCACUGAGAAGGUCCUUGUGAACGACAACUUUAGGUACGACUAUAAUGCUGCUACGGGGAAGUAUGAGGAUUUGAUGGCUGCUGGUAUUAUUGAUCCCACCAAGGUUGUGAGGUGCUGCUUGGAGCAUGUCGCAUCGGUGGCCAAGACAUUCAUCACCUCUGACGCCGUCGUGGUGGACAUCAAGGAAUCUGAGCAGGCACCUGCCGCAAAUCCAAUGGUCGGUUCAGGUUACGGGUUCUAAUAUACGAGAAUAUCCAGCUCUGUUUUGGUGUCCCUUCGGUGCAUAUUGCGUCGGAGGUUAUACUUUGAGAAAAGAAG